GUCUUCAUCUUUUUUUCAUCUCGCGAUGUUUCCCCACUCGUUGUCCUUCAUGUGAAAUCAAAAAUGGGUUAUUGGGAUCUGCAAGAGGGUAAGGAUUGUGUCGAGAAAACAUGGAUCACCACCAAAUUGGGCACAGCUCUAGGUAAGUCUUACACAAAUGAAAACAUUAUGGAAGUUAGCUAGCUAACUGUUGGUAAAGAGCAGUAAAGCUAACUAGCCAUAACAUAGUUAGCUGCCAAUGCCAUGCUAGCUACUGCUAACUUAUUAGCAAGCAAUGUGUUGUUUUCAACUAAUUUAACGUCAGUUAACGGUUAGCCAGUUGUUUAGCAAGCAGCUGUUGUAAGACAUUUGUUUACCAGUUAGCUAGCAAGCUAAUCAUAGCUAACAUUGUUGUGACUAAAUACUUGGCAAGUAAGUAAGUAAGUAGCUAGCUAGUCAACUGUGUGCACAGUAGUCUUAACAUCCUCUUUAUUUUACACACAGGGUUGGUGGGUUCAGCCUAUCACAUUGUUGCAUUCCAGCCUGAUUCUGCAAUCCAAGCUGUUCAGAGAGCCACAAAUGUCACAGUAACCAUGGGUAUGUCUGUCUCACACACAGCAGUAAUAAUAAUAACCUGUCUUACUGCCAUGAAGAUAUCAAGCUUACACCUGAAAUCGGAAUACACAGCUACCCCUCCUAGAUCAGUAGCCAAUAGUGUUCAGGCUAGAAGGUUAUCUCAGAUUGUUACAUGACAUUUAUGUCAUGAGGAUUAGUCCAGGGCCCAUAUCAACAAAGCAUCUCAGAGUAGGAGUUCUGAUCUAGAAUCUGACCAUAUAAUCUUAAUCAGUAUGAUCUAGAAGGCAACACUGAUCCUAUAUCAGCACUCCUACUCUGAGACACUGUGGAUAUGGGCCCAGGUACCCCCCUGUCCAUGUAGUCUUAUACAUUGUGAUCUCAAAAGCAAAACUGAUCCUAGAUCAGCGAUCCUACUAUGAGAGGCAUUGUGGAUACGGGCCCAGGUCACAAUGCUGCAAUUCACCUAAUAAUGCACCUGAGUCUAUAUAGUUUCCUCGUGUGAGUGAUGGUGAAAGUGUGCUGUUUGAUGUUAAAGGGUUUCAGUGGUGAUAAGAAACAUUUAUCUGUGAUUAGAUGUUUGUUAUAAGGACUUGUAAACAACAUACAGUUAAGGUGGGUUUAUGCUAGUCUGGGUACCAGUCUUUUUAGCUAACAUUCCACUCCUGUCAUUUGCCAAAGAGACUGGCCUUUUGGCAAUCUCAAUGUUCAAUAUGCAGCUGGAUUUACGGCGCAGUUGCUGAUUGGUAGUUGGAAACCACAUACAAUUUUACCAUGACAACGUUAUGGAACAUGGGCGGUGAGUACAAUUAUAACAUUUUAAGAACAACAAUAAACAAUACCAUUAUGACCUGCUGCAGUCAUUCCCUUGUGAGGAGGCAGUGUCAAUACAAGAUCAUGUUGUUCAAAGUGGCUAGAGAGGACUCCGAAUGAGUGAGAGAAAUGAUACAGAACAUUUUAGGCUACAAGAUUAAAUCGAGAUACGUUUGCUUCAGUUGCAUCCCAUUAAUGAGAGGAAAGAAAAGCAAAACUUGCACCUGUUAUCAUUCCUCGCACAUAUGCUGAUCAUCAUGACUUGCUUACAUCUUUAAAAUGUUGUUAUAGGCCUACUCAUUUCAGUUAUAUUAUUUGUCCCUCCUCUCUUAUUAAGCGAUGGAGUCUAGACAGGCUGCUUUAGGAAACUUUCUGAAUGGACAUCUCAAACAUCUGACACAGAAAUCACAUUUCUCCUUUCCUAAAAAAGUAUUCAAAACCAAUGCUCGCCUAUAAAUCUUGGCUGUAGUAGGCCUAGGCUACAUUAUAGCAAUAAGUUGUUUUGUUUAGUCAUACAUGUGGUAUACGGUCUGAUAUACCACGGCUGUCAGCCAAUCAGCAUUCAGGGCUCAAACCACCCAGUUUAUAAUAUAUCAUAAUGUAGCCUAUCAAAUUAAUUGACAGGGAAAGUUUGAAGGGGAGAGACGGCUAUAGUAUUACUAGAGACGUUGGUUAUGUAAUUAUCCCAGCAUGUGGGUUAUUGCAGAGGAAGAUAAGCACGGGAUUAGUUUUUCCAAAGUUCCCCAUGUAAUUCUUACUUUUUUUUCCAUUCAAUUGAGUCUAUGACGGAAGCCUGGUGGUUUUUAUUCUAGGCGUGAAGAUAUUUCAACAUGUUUAGACGAUAAUAGGCUACACUGAUCACUCGUGUUUGGCUGCCUAAUGUAUAGGUGUCCAUGUCCCCAUAGGCCUAAUAUUUAAAUAGAGGAAAUGUGAUCAUAGUCAUUAUUUUAGUGAUACAUGGUAGUCGUCCUCCCGAUGUGAGCUGCUGGACAGCGCACUUGCACUUGAUAUGCGUUUUAUGGAUGAGAAAGUGAACUUGCCAUUUCCAAAAAGGAGUGGGGGCAUCGGGGAUUCCCUGCUUUGCGAUCUGUUGCCUACGUCAACAGCCAGGGUUUCAUUAAAUAGGCCUAGGCACUAUACUUAAAAGAAUAAUCACAUUGAAUUAAGCUGACACAUUUGGCAAUGUUCAACUUAAAUUCAUUUGCACAAAAUGUUUCAGACAAAAAUAAAACAUUUUGUCUUGCUUGCACAGCACAGGUGGUGGUCGCCUAAAUUCACUGUAGUAGGCUAGGCCUAAUACAGUGCCUUCAGGAAGUAUUCACACCCCUUUUUCAACAUUUUGUUGUGUUACAGCCUAAUUAAUUAAAAAUGAAAAGCUAAAAUGGCUUGAGUCAAUAAGUAUCCUAUCCUUUUGUUAUGGCAAGCCUUAAUAAGUUCACAAGUAAGAAUGUGCUUAACAAGUAACAUAAAUUGCAUGGACUCACUCUGUGUGGAAUAAUAGUGUUUAAAAUGAUUUUCUAAAACUACUACCCCAUCUCCAUACCACACACAUACAAUUAUCUGUAAGGGCCAGUGAAUUUCAAGCAUAGAUUCAACCACAAAGACCAGGGAGGUUUUCCUAUGGUUUGCAAAGAAGGGUACCUAUUGGUAGACAUUGAAUAUCCUUUUGAGCAUGGUUAAUUUAUUAAUUUUACACUUUGGAUGGUGUAUCAAUACACCCAGUCACUACAAAGAUACAGGCACCCUUCCUAAAUCAGUUGCCGGAGAGGAAGGAAACCGCUUGGCGAUUAAACCAUGAGGCCAAUAGUGAUUUUAAGACAGUUACAGAGUUAAUGGCUGUGAUAGAAAAUAACUGAGGAUAUAUCAACAACAUUGUAGUUACUCUACAAUACUAACAUAAAUGACAGUGAAAAGAAGAAAGUACAGAAUACAAAUAUUCCAAAACAUGUAUCCUGUUUGCAAUAAGGCACUAAAGUAAUACUGCAAAAGAUGUGGCAAAGAAAUUAACUUUUUGUCCUGAAUACAAAGUGUUAUGUUUGGGGCAAAAUCCAACACAUCACUGAGUACCACUCUUCAUAUUUUCAAGAAUGGUGGCUGCAUCAUGUUAUGGGUAUGCUUGUCAUUGGCAAGAACUAGGGAGUUUUUUGGGGGAUAAAACGGAAUGGAGCUAAAUUCCUAGAGGAAAACCUGGCUCAGUCUGCUUUCCAACAGACACUGGGAGACAAAUUCAGCAGGACAAUAACCUAAAACACAAGGCCAAAUAUACACUGGAGUUGCUUACCAAGACAACAUUGACUGUUCCUGAUUAGCCUAGUUACAGUUUUGACUUAAAUCAGCAUGAAAAUCUGUUGCAAGACUUGAAAAUGGCUGUCUAGCAAUGAUCAACAACCAACUUGACAAAGCUUGACCAUAAAAAAAAAAAAGAAUAAUGGGUCAAUAUUGUACAAUCCAGGUGUGCAAAUCUCUUAGAUUUACCCAGAAUGACUCACAAAUGUAAUUGCUGCCAAAGUAUUGACUUGGGGGGGGGGGGGGUGAAUACUUAUCUAAUCAAUAUAUAUUAGUGUUUUAUAAUCCCACUUUGUAACACAACAGCAUACAAAUGGUGGAUUAAUAGCCCAGGCUAUGAAUUAACUUCUAAUUUACACAUCUGUUUUCACUGUUCCCUUCUUGCACAAUUCAUGCAUCUCCAAUGGCCUCUCUCUCUUCAUUCUUCUCUAUUUUCCUCUUAUAGCUUUUGAACCAGUAGCCUAGCACAAUUAUUUAUAUAUUCGAGGUGGUGGUAAAAAUGCAAUAAACGGGAAUCCUCUGUUCUUCCCGUGCCCUGUGUUUACAAUGAAAUGUAUUACGUCAGAAUGCCCAAUGUUAGGUUUCCAUUCAAAUUUAUAGAUUAAUUUGGAACAUUUUCUUAUCAGUCUAAUUUCCAUAAACAUUGGAUGAUAACUGUGAGGGUUAUCGAAAAGAGACGACAUCUGGGCAAGGUUUAUGCCAGUGUAAGUUCAUUUAAUUUGUUUUGUCCUUCCUUCCUUAACAGCUGCCUUGGGGGCGAUUUUUGGAAUGACCACUUGUCUAGCUGCACAGGCCCGGGAUGCACCUGAUGACCCGGUGAACUACUUCAUCGGAGGCUGUGCAUCAGGAGUCUUUCUUGGAGCUCGUAGUGAGUAGGCUAUAUAUUGCACAGUAUGCUGAAGAUCUGGGUUGCAUUCAGUAGGAACAAACGGGGGCAAAUGUUUUGAAACAAGGAAAAUUUGUAUUCUCAUUGGGAAAGUCAAUUUCAAAGCAUUUUCUUCCAACGUUUCAUUCCAAAAAGCAGUCUUUUCCCUUCAGCGCUUUUUAACUUCCUUAUACAUAUCUAAGAUGACUGGUUGCAUAAGCAAAUAGCUCCACAUAGUUACCAUCAUAUUGCUGUCAUCUUUUAAUCUCUAAGAUCUUUGUAGGGCAGUGAACUUCUUCUCAUCGCUAGAUGUUUGCUAGAGAUACAGAGGGGCAUCACAGAGAAUAUCCUAUCUCUCCAUAUCUUUUCCACAAAUAAUAUGUAUUUUGUGUCUCUUUGAUCCACAGCUCACAGUGCAAUGACAGGCACGACAGCAUGUAUUGGGCUGGGGACACUGGCCAUGUUCACCAAGGUGGGCAAGAUGGAGGGCUGGAAAUUAGCGGGACCACCGAGGAUGUAAACAGCCUGAGGGGGAGACUAUAUAUUGACAUGUAUAUUGUAUAUUGAAUAUUCCUUGAAUAAACUUGUGUAAAAGAGUGUA